AUGACUAUGGGCCUCCAGCGGCAGGACGGGGACAGCAACCAUCAGGGGAGCAGCGGCGGUCGCACCAGCCUGAUAAUCGCAUUGGUGCUUGUCAUUGGCGUGAUGGUCGCCGAGAUCAUCGUGGGUGCUGUUUCCGGCAGUCUGGCGUUGCUGGCCGAUGCCGGGCAUAUGCUGGCUGGCGGCGCGGCGAUAUCCAUCGCACUAUUCGCAUCCUGGGCCGAAAGCCGGCCCGCCUCUGUCGAGCGCACCUUUGGCUAUCACCGCUCCGAGGUGGCCGGCUCAAUGCUGAGCGCCCUGGCCCUCUGGCUGGUGGCUGCGUGGGUGCUUUUCGAGGGCAUCGGGCGCUAUACCAACAGAGCCGAACUGGAAAUUGAUGCAGGGCCCAUGCUGGUCCUCGGCGCCAUCGGUCUGGGAGUAAACGUAGUCGCAUCGGUGGUUCUCCGCAUCGGGGCCCGGCACAACGAAAGGGCGGGUGAGGCCUUUCGUCACAUGGUCUCCGAUUUCAUUGCAUCGGUUGGUGUGGUGGCCGCUGCCGUGCUGGUGCUGGUCAACGACUGGCCGGCUGCGGAUCCGAUUGUCUCCAUUGGAAUCGCAGCGCUUAUUGCGGCCAGCUCCUGGCGGCUGCUCCUCAAGGUGUUCUACGCCAUCAUGGAAGGAACGCCGGAGCACCUCGACCUCUACAGUCUGUGCUCUGACAUCGAGGACGUUCCGGGAGUGACGCUUAUUCACGAUGUUCACGCUUGGAGCAUUUCGGAGAAUUAUCAUGCGCUGACCGCCCAUGUAGUCCUUGAAUCCGGCUAUGCGGGCAAAUCCGAUGACUUGCUGAGUCGGAUGCGGGAGAUAGUUUACGAUAAACACCGUGUCAGUCACUUAACGCUGCAAUUCGAGGAAUCGGCAACCAGGUGCCUUGAAAACCAUCAUCUGGGCCACCUGGAGGCCCGGUCCCGGUUUAAUGCGCACGAAGAGCACGACCACGGCGGGCAUGACGACCAUAAUGAUCACUCGGGACACGAUCACCACGGGCAUGCUCACGACCACGCCGCAGAAUUUCGUGAGGCGAGACGGCGCAGCCUGAUUAUUGCUCUUACCCUGAUCGGCGGCUUCAUGGUCGUCGAGGUGCUUGGAGGUAUAUUCUCCGGCAGCCUUGCCUUGCUGGCUGACGCUGGACACAUGCUCACAGACGCUGCGUCGAUCGCGCUGGCGCUGGUGGCGGUGUGGAUUGCAGGUCGGCCCGAGUCCAUUGAGUGGACCUUCGGUUACCAGCGAACGGAGGUGCUGGCUGCUGCGUUCAACGCCCUGAGCCUCUGGGUGAUCGCCGGGUGGAUCGUAUGGGAGGCUGCCGAGCGCUUUGUAAACCACCAUGAAAUCCAUAUUGACGGCGGCCUGAUGCUGAUCGUGGGCGGUAUUGGAUUGGCCGUAAACAUAGCCGCUGCUUUCGUGCUUCACGCGGGGUCAAAGCACAGCCUCAACGUGGACGGAGCCUUCAAGCAUGUAAUGGCUGACCUGAUGGGUUCGGUGGGAGUGGUAAUUUCAGGGGUCAUAGUCAUCCUCACGGACUGGGUGCUGAUCGACCCGAUACUCUCCAUAGGCAUCGCGGUUCUGAUCGUAUUGAGUUCUUGGCGCCUGGUGCUCAAGUCGGUCAACGUGCUGCUGGGAGGAGUGCCAGAGCACAUAGACCUGUACGCUCUCUGUGCCGAAAUCGAGGACGUGCCGGGGGUGACCCUGAUUCACGAAGUCCACGUGUUCACCGUUACUUCCAACUUCGACCUGAUGACUGCUCACAUCCUCGUGGACCCGGACUUCGAGGGAUACGAAGACGAGAUGCAACGCCAACUGCGACGGAUAGCCUCGGAUAGUUACGGCCUGCAACACGUGACCUUCCAGUUGUGCCAUACGGCUGACGAAUGCGCCGAAAAUCACCACGUGGGCCAUCUGGAAGCGCUCGCUAGAUCGGGUACUUGA